UAAACUGACACCUAUCAUAUUUUACAAUACUUAAAUCGAUGUUAACGUAAACGUAAAGCACUUGUUUAUUUAUUAAAUUACGUUCAAUGAUGGAAAAUGAAAGUUCUGUUAAUAAAUUAAAUGAAGAGAUUUCUACAGUUUCAGAAGUCAAAUUAGAUGAUACUCCCUUGACUAACAAUUAUGAUGGAUUCAAAACACCUUUAAUGGAGGAUAUAAGCUUGAGCGAAGAAAAUUUGAACGAUAAAGAUAAAAGUAUAGAAUUUUAUGAUGCCAAUGCUGAAAGUGUGAGUAUAAUUAAAAAUAAAGGACUUCAUUUAAACACUAAUCACCAAAUACCUGGUAGUUCUAUAGUUCAUAAUGCUGCGCAAGUGCAACCUUCGGUUAGUCAUCAAGAUUCUAUUAAAGUAUUAAAAGAUGUUGUCAAAAAGUUUGUUAUGACAUUAGAUGACCCUGUUAUAAAUAGCAUAGAACGAAAUACAGCUUUGACUAAUAUUCCUCACAUUAAAGUUAGGAUUGUUGAACCUCAAAAAGUUGGUGAAGGAAUAAGUGCUUAUGUCGUCUACAAAUUAAUAACCACGAUUCAUAAUGUUCCGGGUGUACAUCAAAACGAAGGAGAAGAAUGGCACGUUAUUAGGAGAUUCAGUGAUUUUUUGGGUCUGCACGAAAAACUAGAAGCAAAAUACUCUCCACUUGGUUAUGUUGUGCCACCACCACCAUCUAAAAGCCUCUUAGGCAUGACUAAAUUAAAGAUAGGUUCCAAAGAUGACACCUUUUCCGCAGAUUUUGCUGAAAGGAGAAGAGCCGCACUUGAAAGAUACAUAAAUCGAACGGCAAACCAUUGGUGCCUCAUGAAGGAUCCCUGCCUUCACGAAUUUCUGCAAGCCGAAGGCGAAUUACCUAGGGCAGUUAACACCUCAUCUUUGAGUAGCAACCAAGUUAUGAAAAUGAUAAACAGAGUUGCUUCUGAUAUCACUAGUAAAUUGGCUCUGACCAACAUAAUCAAAGGCUCAUCUGGAGAAGACAGUGACCACUGGUUUGAAGAUAUGCAAAAUCAGAUCGAAAAUUUGGAUUCUCAAAUGCGAAAAUUGCACGCCAGCGUGGACGCUUUGGUACAUCACAGGAAAGAACUCUCAACCAACACAGCCAAUUUUUCCAAAUCUCUAGCUAUGCUCAGUAACAGUGAGGAAAAUAGCGCCCUCUCUCGGGCUCUUUCUCAACUAGCUCAAGUGGAGGAGAGACUUGAACAAAUAACUGGCUCGGACAUCUUGAAUCUUAACCCGUCUUUACAAACUGAUCAGUUUUCCACGGAUACAACCGAUCUAAUGGUAGGCUUAGCCCACAAUGAUUACUUUACGCUGGCAGAAACGCUCAACGAUUAUUGCCAUUUAGUGGGAAUUGUUAAAAGGGCUUUUGAAACCCGGGUCAGAUCAGCCCAGAAGGUGAGCAAUUGUCGAUUCCAAGUAGAUAAAAAGGAGAAAGAAAUACACUCAUUGGGAAAUAACGGCAGUGGGGAAAAUGGAGGAAGAUUGAGAACUGAACAUAAAGAAUGGGAAGAUAAGCUCAAUGUUGCUCAAAAGGAUUUUGAACUAAUCUCAGAAAAUAUCAAAAAAGAGGUGUGCAGAUUCGAGAAGGAAAGGAUAAAAGAAUUUAAGGAUACCUUUAUUUUGUAUUUGCAAAACCUGUUAAAGGCUCAGCAACAAAUCGUUAAAUGUUGGGAAGCAUUUUUGCCAGAAGCAAAAGUCAUCGCUAUUAACACUUAAUCAAUUGAAUCCAAGAUUUUUAUUUAAAAUAAAAUUUACGCGAUGGAAAUUAAUAUAUAUUGCACAUUAAGGAAAAUGUUUUAUAUUAUUUAUCAAACAAAAAUUAUCGCGCAAUUCAUUUUAUAGUAUACUUUUAACUCGAAUUAUUAUAUAUAUUAAUAUACAAUUGGCACAA